AUGGCGCGGCUGGGCCAAUUGACCUUCGCCAUCUCAUCAACGGGUCGCCGAUCUCCCCUGGCAAGGUCUCUCACACAAAGUAGCGCCCUCUCGAGAGCACCGGCAAGGACGAAACCCUCCCUGCUAUCCUUCCAACAGACGCGACAUGGCUUCUUCGCUUCAGGCGAUAACAAGCCCAAACCAAAGACGCGGGUCCCUCGAUCCCUCUCGGCGGUACUCCUCGGCUCCUUGCUUGUUUUCUCGCUCAACCCAACGGCUGAUGUUGUUCAGACUUUCGACUCAACCGACAAGACUGCGAAGACAGACCGAUCGAGCGAUACAGACCUCUUCGCUCAGGAGCUAGAAUCUCACGGCAAGAUCGACGAUAAUAGCACCUGGUCCAAACUCGUUGAUGGCUUUGAGGGCUUCUCGGCCAUGACCUCGGCCGAGGCAGGCAAACUUUCCAACAAGCUGGUCGAUCUUGUUCUUCCAGAAUGGUCCAAACUCAUUCCUGGCUACAUCAGAAAGCUCCAGCGGGAGCUCAACAUGGCCCCAGGUUCUCUCGCCGCUGAAAUCUGGGAGGAGGCCCGCGAUCCUGCCAUAAAUCCUGAGAUCCAGUACUCGGCCAAGGUUCGCGUUUCGGAGGACCUCUGUGACGAAGAGAAAACUUUCCUGGCGCGCAGGAAAAAGAUAACAGCCGUUGCGUUGGCUCACUACCUUGGCAUAAAAGAGGAGGAUGUCAACCCAGAAGACGUACCCACCAUUGCCAUAUGUGGCUCUGGUGGUGGCCUUAGGGCGCUCGUCGCUGGAACCGGGUCAUAUAUGGCGGCGGCCGAGGAUGGCCUUUUCGAUUGUAUCACGUAUACAUCAGGCGUCAGUGGAUCCUGUUGGCUUCAGUCUCUGUACUUCUCCUCCCUUUCAGGCAACGAUUUCCAGCGACUUGUUAACCACUUGAAAGCACGUCUCGGCAUUCAUAUUGCCUACCCGCCUACUGCCUUCUCAGCUCUAUUGUCUGCGCCUACGAACAAGCUACUGCUGACCGCCGUGGUAGAAAAGCUAAAGGGUGAUCCAGAAGCUGAUUUUGGGCUCGUUGACGCCUACGGGUUGCUGCUAGCAGCUAGGUUGUUCAUUCCCAAGGGAGAACUUGGCAUCAAUGCACAGGACUUCAAGCUGUCUCACCAGCAAGAGUACAUUCGCUACGGACAAAAUCCCAUGCCCAUUUAUACGGCUGUGCGCCACGAAAUCCCCGAGCUGGACGAGGCCGGCAAUGAGCAGUCUCAUGCUUCAGAGGCGGCAAAAGCCGAGGCCAAGAAAGAAGCAUGGUUUCAAUGGUUUGAGAUGACGCCUUUUGAGCUUUUCUGCGAAGAGUUCGCUGCCGGUAUCCCCACCUGGGCCAUGGGCAGAAGUUUCCAAGAUGGCGUCAACCUGCCUACAACAGAAGGCUUCUACCUUCCCGAAAUCCGGUUGCCUGUACUCCUGGGCAUAUGGGGCAGUGCGUUCUGCGCAACACUGAGCCAUUACUACCGCGAAAUCCGCCCUUUGAUCCAGAGCCUUGGUGGUUUCCAGGCUGUAGACAACUUGAUUUGGGGUCACAAUGAGAAUCUCAGCAAGGUUCAUCCAAUCGAUCCGGCGACGAUCCCGAACUUCAUCCACGGAAUGAACGGCAAGCUUCCGCCAACGGUUCCUCGGCUUGCUUACGACUCCGAUUACAUCCAACUUAUGGACUCUGGCAUGUCCAAUAACCUCCCUAUCUACCCCUUAUUGCGGCCAGGUCGCAAUGUCGACAUCAUAGUCGCAUUCGAUGCUUCUGCCGACAUCAAGACGGACAACUGGCUCUCCGUGGUCGAAGGUUACGCAAGGCAAAGGGGGAUUAAGGGAUGGCCAAUAGGUGCCGGCUGGCCCAAGGCCUCUGCAUCGGCCUCCACCACCGCCAGGGAAUUGAAGGAAGCUGAAGAAGCCACAGAAGCCGAAGCCGAUAACAAACUCGCCCAAGCCAAAGCCGACCAAGCCACCCGACACGCCAACGACCCCAAGGUAAAGCCCGAAGGCGACAGCGACCAGAGCUUGAUGAGCCAGCAAGAGAAAUACGACCAAACCGCCCACGAGCUCGGCUACUGUACCGUCUGGGUCGGCACAACCCAGGAGCGACGCACCGAUGACCCGCCGCCGCCGCCAGUGGACGAUACCUCGUCGUGGAAGCUCAUGGAGCCGGACGCCGGCAUCGCGGUCGUCUACAUGCCCUUCCUGGCCAACGAGAAGGUAUCUAGCUCUGUUGAUCCAGCCUCGAGCGAUUACAUGAGCACGUGGAACUUUGUGUACACACCGGAACAAGUUGAUCAGGUUGUCGCACUCGCGAGGGCGAACUAUGACGAGGGCAAAGAGAAGAUUCGGGCGACGGUAAGGGCGGUGUAUGAGCGCAAGAAGAAUAGUAGACUGGAGAGGGAGAAGAGGAUGGCAGAGGAGAGACAGAGGAGGAAGGUUAGGCUGGGGAUCGACGGUAAGUUGGGUGAGGGUGAUCACUUCAGUUGAGCGAGCGCGUUGUGUCUCUUCUUUUUGUUGAUUUGGGAGGCGAGUGAUUCUCCGUGGGUUACUCUUUGGUGAUGGAGAUGGUAGGAAUGGGUUAUGACUGAUGGGAUUGAUGACGAUGAAUGAGAUGACGGACGGUUAUACCCCAAAAUGAGGAUGAAGAGGAUAGACAAUGCCGAAAAGAUUAAGAGAUGGGUAACAGCAACUUAAUGUGUUUUU